AUGCUGCGAGAGUAUUUUGACAAGAUUGAAAUGAGGUUAACAGCUGGAGACUUCACCACAGCUUGGCAGAGACUUGAAGUUGGAAUACUAACGGGGUGUACAGUAUCAGUAGUCCUGUUUGCAGCAGCAAAGAACUUAAUUGAAAAAUCAGUAGAAAAACCAAGCAGAGGACCAUUAUUGUCAUCAGGGGUAAGGCAACCACCAGUGAGAGCUUUUAUGGAUGAUAUGACAGUGACAGCAAAAACAGUCAUAGAGGGAAGAUGGACUUUAGAGGAAUUGGAAAGGAUGAUUAAGUGGGCCAGUAUGAAGUUCAAACCAAGUAAAUCUAGAAGUUUGAUAGUGAGGAAAGGCAAAGUGCAAGAUGAGACAUUUGAGUUAGCAGGUGAAAAGAUACCAACAGUUGGAGAGAAACCAGUGAAAGGCCUAGGUAAAAAGUUUGAUGCAACACUAGCAGAUAUGGUAAACAUGGGUGAAGUUCAAGUGCAAUUGGUAGAAUGGCUGACGAAAAAAGACAAAAGUGGGCUCCCAGGAAGAUAUAAGGCCUGGAUAUAUCAACAUGGGGUUUUACCAAGGAUAUUGUGGCCAUUACUAGUUUACGAGUUCCAAUUGUCCAAAGUGGAGGCCUUAGAGAGAAAGAUCAGUGCAUGCCUAAGAAGAUGGUUGGGUGUACCAAGAAGUUUCAGCAGCAUUGGAUUGUACAGCACAGGGACAAAGUCACAAUUACCAAUGAAGGCAUUGACAGAAGAGUUUAAAGUUACAAAGACAAGACAGGUUAUGACGUUGAGAGACAGCAAAGAUGCUAAAGUGAGAGGAGCCAAAGUAAAGAUCAGGACAGGAAGAAAAUGGAAAGCAAAGGAAGCAGUUAAGGAAGCUGAGACCAGACUAAAGCACAGUGUCAUCGUUGGUGUAACAGCAGUUGGUAGACAGGGAUUUGGUAUGACAACAAAACCAAGGUGGGAUACAGCAAAUGAGAAGGGACGGAGGAAACUGGUGCAACAGGAAAUACGACAGAUGGAAGAAGAGAGUAGGAAUGUUAAGGCAGUAGGAAUGAAACAGCAGGGUAGUUGGUUGAAUUGGCAAGGAGCUAGAAGCAGAGCUUUGACCUGGAACGAGAUUUGGAGUAUGGAGGGAUACAGAUUGAGUUUUCUCCUAAGAUCAGUGUAUGAUCAUGUGUUGUCAGCAUGUCCAGUCGCAUUGAAAGAUGGAAGAUAUACAUGGAGGCAUGACAGUGUUUUGAAAACAAUAGCAGCAAAGUUGGAUACCACCAGGAGAAAGAAGAGAAAGAUGCAGAAGAACAUCACAUUUGUAAAUUUUGUGAGGGAUGGAGAAAAGAAAGACAACCAGGCAGAAGGUUUAGGGAUACUUGGAACAGCUUCAGACUGGCAGAUGAAGCUUAUGAAAGAAAGAUGGCAAAAUACCAGCAGCUAG